GAGCCGGUAGCUGCUGUCGCGCUUGGUUCACACCGGUGCACGCCGGCAACACGUCCCUGCUGUUGGGACCAAAACUCAGACUCAGCGUGACUCCAGGCUGGAAGGACCUUAAGAAUUAGGCCAGGCUUCUGCAGGCACUGAAGUCUUUUGGGCACCAAGUAGCGCUUGUACACAGUAUAGCGACUGGGAAUUUAAAUCUUACAGCAAGCCUCCUCUUCCCUGGACAGCACGGUCUCGGAAUGUGAACCAGAGUUUUCCUCUGUGCCAGGCAUUGUGUUAAGUGCUUUAUGGCCCAUUUAAUUCUCACAAAAACCCUCUCAGGCACCAUGGAGUAGUCCCUUAAGUCUGUGGACGAAAUAAAUGUGCACAAUGUAAGAGCUGUGAGUUUUCGCAGAAGACUGCCUCUCAGAUAGAUCUGAGGAACUGCUUGGAAGAGUUUUCUCAGAGCACAGAGUGCCUCAUUCCCGAUCUCCAUCAUGAACUCCUUUCAGGGUGUGCGGAUGGACUGCGGUGGCUAAUGACGCAAUCCUUGUAGAGCCAGAUGGUGAUGGUAGCUAUAGGGCGUCUACUAUGGACCAGCUGAGGACGCAGUCGUAACAGAGAGGAGGCCCUGCCCCCAGGGAACACAACUAAAAGAGGAAAUGUAAGUACAGUGCUCAACCUGGCCUCUGGCGUGUAGCUGGUCCUUGAGAAAUAGUAGCUGGUUUAUUAUUAUAGUUAAACUCAAUACUUGUGUAUGGACUUGAAUGGAAUAUGAACCCAGUAUUACACACCUGGUCUAAUAUAUUCUCAUCCAUUGUAGUCAGCCAUUAGUUACCGUUAAUUGUUAGGACUGUGCUGGUCUCAUUCUGUUGCUAAAGUCAGAUCAAUUGCUGGUCCAAGUGCACUCCAUUUUGUGCCUAACACUUUGAGGAUUAUUCUGAAUUUAAUAUCUUGAAUAUCAAAUUCAGUAAGGGUCUCUUGCUGUAAACGUACAGCUUUGAAGAAAGAGUCUUCAUACAGACUUGUAAAAAAGUCCCUUACAGUGUGUUCAAAGGUUCAUAUAUUAUCAAAAGACUCCCACAACAAUAAACAACAGUUUCAUUGUUUGUAAAAGGUGACACAUUUCAUAAAUACUUAAUCAGAAAUACAAAAUGUAGCAAGCAGAAACUAAUUUUUUAAAUGUGUAAAAAUGCCAAAAAGGUGGCCAAAAAAAAAUAAUAUAAAAGAUGACAGCAGCCAAAUGAAUGCAAAAAUACUCAAAAGAGUAUUUGCCUGAAUUUUAGGGAAACUGUUUAUUACACAGAUUGCUCAUUGAGCAAAAUAGUCACUAGGUAAAUGUAUCAGUGGGACUUGUGGCUCUUGUCGGAGUCCUGGGGCAGAACCAACAUGGCGGCCAUGGACGGUUGGAUGUUAAGGUAAGGCUGGAUGCGAUUGUCCUGUUGGAUGAGGCUAGGUUACAUGCCUGCUUCUAGGAACUGGGGAGAGGGGUAUGGGGCCUCUCUGACUUCCACAGGGUAAGUUAGGGCCCUAUGAAAGGGCCCUGUGACCCACACAACCACAGAGGUCUCCAAAUGGCAACAACAGAUGUUUCUUACGGUAAAUGAGUAGAGUCAGUAAGUCACAGUUCAUCGACCUUCUGGCAGGGUGACUUUGCAAAAGUUCGCUAAUCUCUCUUUAGCCUGAGUUUACUCAUGCAUGAAAUGCCGGAGUGGACUUGGAUGGUUGCUGCAGUCCCCGUUAAGCCCUAUAAUUUCCUGAGAUUUCAUUGCUGUCAGAACUCCUCCCACAUUGUGACCUUUCCAGCAGACUGGAGGCUAAAAUGGAGGCCCAGAUGAAAGGCCUCUGGACCUUUGCCACCAGCAUGCUCUCCGCUAGGGGAUAGACCUGUGGUUUACCUUCUUUGCUACUCCUUGCUGGAAUCUUUGGACCUUGGAUCCACCCUAAUCUUCUGAGAAUAAGCAACUCUGAGUGCUUGCCAUGGCUGGUAUGAAUCUCAGCCCACAACUCAGGGAUGGAUGUGGGAUAUAUACAUGUGGCAGAUGACCAUCCAUCUGAGCAACCAUCCCUUCCUGCCAGACAUCAUCCAUCCAUCAAUCAUCCAUCAUCCAUCAUCCAGCCACCCUCUCCAUCUUCCACAAAGGACUGGCAUUCUGACUACAUCUCUGGCUGUUUUUCAUGGCGUCCAGCUCACAGUUGUGAGUGGUCAACAUUUGGACCAGCCCUUCUAGUCCUGUUGCCAGCUUUUCACAUUUCUCAGCUCUGCACUAGCCAGUAGGGUCAACUCAUUGACCCUGGAAUAUGCCUUUUUUCUGUUCCCCUUCUGCUUUUGCUAGAACUAUCCAACUCUCUUCUCUGCUUCUUUAAAUUCCCCCUCCCUUGAGUCAAAUCUGACUCUUCAUGUCAGCCCAGAACGCUUGUGGCAACUGCUUUGUGCGAGUGCAUAACCAUACACUCUUGGGUGUCACUGCAUUUAAAUCAUCGAAGUUCUGUAAAAAAAUAUUUAUAAUGUAAAUACAAAAAGCAGUAUGAUUAGCAUCUGCCAGUGAACAUUUAUCUAGUAUCUGGCACAUAGAAGGCACUCACAUAAAAAAGUGUUGAAAUGUUCAGUAAAACACCAGAAUAGCCAGCCUUAAAGUUCUGAAUAUUGUUUUUAAAAGGCUGCAUAUUGAUUGAUAUGCAGAGGAUUUCAGGGCUCAGAGAAAUGAUUUCUCUUUUGUAAUCUAGGUCACUAUUUAGCUGACUUCAGCAUGUGCUGUGGCACCCUCACAAUUUCACAUCUGUGCACAUGAUAACAUUUCACAUUAUCUAUCUGUUGUAACUAACAUGGUUCCUUAAAUCUUAAAUUAAUUCAUUUUCAAGUGUAUUCUACACCUAAGCAAGAGUACUUGUGACGUCAGAGGCUUGAUGUCCUAGUUAUUUUGAUGUAUCUUAUUAAAAAUACAAAAUUAAGAUAUAAAAUAGUUGUCUGUGUACUACCUAACCUUAUUUCAUGUGCCAGAUUUGGGAAACUCUAGUCUUGCUAUAUUGAUAUCUACAUAUUUUAUGAUAAAAAGCCAGUCAUACACAAAAGACUACUAUUGUAUGUUUACUCCUGCUUGUGUGUGAACAUUUUAGUAAAGGCAAAACUCUAGAGACAGCACCUCAGUGGUUGCUGGGGGCUCAGGAUGGAGAUCGGGUUUGACCCUGUAGAGGCACCAGGGGACUUUCUGGGGUGAUGGAGAUAUUCUAAACCUGGAUAGUAGUGAUUGCUGCUCACUGUAUGAAUCUAGAAGAAUUUACCGAACUGUAUAUUUCAAAUGGAUACAUUUAAUGGUUUGUAAAUUGUAUCUCAAAGAAAGAAAGAGGAGGAGGGGAAGAAAAAGAAAAAAGAAAAAAAAAUGAUCAACCAGAGAGGGCAGGAAGGGGUUUCUGGAGUCCUGGUGACAUUCUGUUUCUUGAUCUGGAUGUUGGUUACAAGGUAUGUUCGCUUUGCAAAAAAUUCAUCAGACCAUUCAUUUAUGCUUUGUGUACAUUUCUAGAUGAAUGUUAUAUCCCAGGAACAAAAUUUACUAAAAAAAAAAACCCAAAACAAUAGCAACCACAAAAAAAAACCAGCUGAAGUGGGAACACCAUUUCUUCCCAAGUAAUAAAAAGUUAUUACUUUCCUGUUUAUUAUUUUGUACAAUCACAUUACUCUGCCAACUUAGUUUCAUGGUGUUAGGGGAUCAAGCUUUUUGAGUCUUAAUACAGAAAGGGUUAGAAAAAGAUGUAUUUAGCUAAUCACAUAAGUGCUGUAAGACUGUCAGCAGAAGCCAUUGUUUCUUAAUUAUUCAUAGCAAUUAUCAACGUGGACAAUAUUCAACUUGCAACCAAAAUAAAUAGUUAUUUUAAGAGACCUUGAUGGAACAAUCAAAUCAUCAGUCUCCAAAAGUGCCCCUCUCUCAGCCCAGUUCUCCCGCUGCCUGCCAGAGUUUCAAUUCUAUAUUUAUCUUUUCAAAUCAGCAGUAUAGCAAUCAGUUAUUAUAAUAAGAGCUACCAAUUUAUUGUGUGCCGACUUCACGCCAGGCACUGCAUUACCAGAGUUUUUCAUACUUUAAUUGCUUCGUUUCAUUGUCACAGCAACCCUGCUGAAGAAGAGUUGUCUUAUUCCAUUUUACAGUUGAGGAAACUGAGGCUGGGGGUCCAGGCCCACGUUGCUGGUGAGUGACAGAGGCGGGAGCAAGCUGGAGCCCCACCCAGUGGGCUCUGCUGUGUCACAGGACCUGACGUCAGUAACUGGAAAGCCAUUGUGGUGAGGAGGAUGGCGACUUCCAAGGAUGACCACAAGGCCUCUCUCUCAACACUGUAAACCUUAUUGACCAUUUCCCGUGGCCACGGUCAUCCCAGGUGAAGAGAGGCACUGAAUGAAGACUGAGACACAGCCUUCUGUGUCACAUUCCAGUUGUUUCCCUGGAACCUGGGCUCCCCGAGACGCAGCAGUGGAGCAGAUGGAUAAUGGAGACUGGGGCUAUAUGAUGACUGACCCAGUCACGUUAAAUGUAGGUGGACACUUGUACACAACAUCUCUCACCACGUUGACGCGUUACCCGGAUUCCAUGCUUGGAGCUAUGUUCGGGGGGGACUUCCCCACGGCGCGAGACCCUCAAGGCAAUUACUUCAUUGAUCGAGAUGGACCUCUUUUCCGAUAUGUCCUUAACUUCUUAAGAACUUCAGAGUUGACCUUACCCCUGGAUUUUAAGGAGUUUGAUCUGCUUCGGAAAGAAGCAGAUUUUUAUCAGAUUGAGCCCUUGAUUCAGUGUCUCAAUGACCCCAAGCCUUUGUAUCCUAUGGAUACUUUUGAAGAAGUUGUGGAAUUGUCUAGUACUCGGAAGCUUUCUAAGUACUCCAAUCCAGUAGCUGUUAUCAUAACCCAAUUAACCAUCACCACCAAGGUCCAUUCCUUACUAGAAGGUAUAUCAAACUAUUUUACGAAGUGGAAUAAGCACAUGAUGGACACCAGAGAUUGCCAGGUUUCCUUUACUUUUGGACCCUGUGAUUAUCACCAGGAAGUUUCUCUCCGGGUCCACCUGAUGGAAUACAUUACGAAACAAGGUUUCACGAUCCGCAACACCCGAGUGCAUCACAUGAGUGAGCGGGCCAAUGAGAACACAGUGGAGCACAACUGGACUUUCUGCAGGCUGGCCCGGAAGACGGAUGACUGACCUCCUGUCCUGGGAGAGGCUCCUGGGAAUGGACUCUCCAGGAGACGGAAGAGGCUGAUUUUUUUUUUAAUCAGUGUGAGUUUUUUUUUUUUUAAUAUUUGUAUUUAUUUGAAGGCACUGGGGACCAGAAGGAAGUUUUGUGCUUUAGCAGACUCCUCUAUGUUUUGUUCCCUUCACCCUGAGUAUGCAUGUGCCUGUUCAGAGCCUCCAGAUACCUUUUUUAUAAAAAGAAGUCUGAAAAUCAUUAUGGUAUAUAAUCUACCCUUAACAGAGCUUUUUUUAUUACAGUGCAAAAAUGUUUUCUGAUUAAAUAGUCCCUAACUCAACUAGAAGGCUAAAAAUGCAGGAAUGAAAGAAUAAACAAAGUACUCAUGAUGCCUUUGAGAAAAAUCAAAACAUCGUGUAGGGUGACCUAGUUUUCAGACCAAUAAACAGUAUUGUGAUAUUGAAGGAGAACUGUUCCAAUCAUUUAAAAGUACUUGUUAAGUACUGCUUUUUACAGUUAUGACAACUGUUUCUUUCUAUGCAUAUAAAUCAAGCAACCAAAUAUCUGUAGCCAUGGAAAUGUCGGAUAGAAAUAUUUAUAUUGGAUUCUGAAUACAAAAUGUCCUUGUGGUAGAAAUCUUACGUCCUAUGCCUGGUGCAGUAUAAUUCCCAACUGUACUGUCUACCAGAAAAAAAGCUAAUAAAAAAUGAAAUAUGAAAAUUA